ACCUUGUUGAACAAGUAAACGUCAACGAAGCAAGUCGCAAGUUUGCACUCCCUCAACAAUGCCGUCCUCGCUAACCACGAACGCCGCCGCUGUGGAAGACGCUCUCUUACGUGGAGAGUGGACACAGGCGCUCAACGACAGCCGCAGUAUCCUCGCAGCGCGCAUCGUCCAGCUUCGACAGGAAGAAAACCCGUCGGCCGUGUGCACGGAAGAGGAGCGCUUGUUGUCAGUAUACCUUCAGACCGUGUUCGAACUGGACCUGGACGACGAAGUGGACACAGCGUCGACCAUCGUCCAGGCCUUUGCGCCGCUACCAAGCGGCAUUGCGCUUCAAUGGACCAAUUUUCUAUUGGCCAUGAACCGCCGACCAAUGGCCACACAAGCUCUGCGAGAGGUGCUGGCGUCCUACACUAAGGACGGAGCCUUUAACUUCAGCUCUGAACAAUACUCCAAGGCCGCAGAAGUGCUGGCUCUGCAGUUGUUGCUGCCUGACGAAGGCGUUGAGACUGCGCGGCGUUUUGUGACGGCAGAUGGUGUGCUGGAUGACUCAGCCAAGCUGCAAUUAUUGCGAAAGAUACAAGCGGAACAUUUGGCUGCUCAGGAAGCCACGAAGGAUGCGCACACGUCGGUAUCGAACCAGACAGCGACAAACCGGUCGAGUACUGUGACGACUGAGCAAGAGGUCAGUAGUCAGACGGUAUCGACUGGGCUUACGGGUGCACAGCCACGCCAUGACAUGAAGCAGGACGACGACUCGAGUAGCUACCUGAUGAUUGGUAGCACUGCUAUUGCUCUGGCGAUUGCAGCUGCAGGCGCUCUGCGAUACCGCGAGAGAAUUCAUGAGGCUGUAUCCAACGCGAUUCCCGCGAUCUCCAAGGGGCUCGCGGAUGCAAAGUACACGCUGUUUGAAGCGUAACAUUGCCAUAAUGAGAGUACUAUUUUUCAGAUAUCAAUUC